AUGAGGAAAAAGCCAUUAGCAAGUGUUGGCUCAGGCAGUCGGUCUCCCGGUCCUUGGGCCAAGAGAUGUUACACCAAACAAGCAUCAGUGCAAGAAGAUGACCCCCGUUGCGCAAAGGUCCGCAACAGAGAUGCCUCCUCCAAAACCUCCAAAGUCAACAUCACCACUUGCUAUCCCCAACCUCCAUCCCCUCGCUCACGCCUCCCGUUCACCACCGAAGACCAACUCUAUCUCCAUCACCGUCUCCCCCUCCAAAAGCCCACCACUGCAAAAAUCGCGAGGCUUCACUUUGCGCACCUCGCCUUUGUCUACCAGGACCUCGCCGACCGGUCCCUUGCGCGAGCCUCCAUGAUGACGCCAGGGCCGGCGAGGGAGCGCAGACAGCGCAUGGGGGUCUUGGCAGCGAGACUGGCGAAGCGGUAUCGUGGGUGUAAGAUCGUCCUGUCGGAUCAGUUCAUAAAGACUGUUAUUUCAAGGCAUGCUGGUAGUAUAGAGCGACGGAGUCACUUCUGGGAGACGGUGCUUGAUGAAGUUGAGAAAGCAAAUGCUUCAUGGUCACUGACCCGCCUCUGGAUUCUCAUUUUCUCGAUCCAGUCCACUUUCGUCAUAUCUGUCUCAUGGCCACUCCCUCAAGCAGCCCAGACAGCUCUCAUGGCCGCCAACGCGGUCUCGUAUACCUGGUCCGCUGCUGUCCUCUGGGAGAUGGCCCACGCCCGGUACUUCGCAACUAAAGCAGAUGAGCAGGAGCUUCACGAUCUGAUGGGAGGGCUGUAG